AUGCACUGCGACGUCCAUCGUUCUGGCACCUUCCAAAAGGCCGGCCAAGUGCGACUCCCUGCCGUCCGACCUGGGCUGCACUUGGCACAGAGGAACGGCAGCUUUGACUGGGUCCGGAGCGCCAACGAGAAGGCGGACCGGGACCUGCGUGGAGAAGUGGCUUCUCUCAGCCUCGGGGUCUGUCAAGCCAGAGGCUACUGGCUGGGCAAUGCGAAGGUGGCACUGCAGCAGGUGGACAACCUCCUACAAGGUACUCGAAUUCUCACGAUUGAGGAGGCCGGGGGCGCGCUGGCCUCCAACUCCCGGCCGCCACGGCUGGCAGUGGCCAGAGAAACCACGGCCUUCGACGCAGCAAUCGCACGUAGCGCCCGCGGCGAGCGGGUUGCCGUGAUCGGCGCAGCUUCUGCCUACCACCCCUGUGGAGGCUUCCGCACAGGUGGACGCCAUGCGCUGGAGGAGGCGAUGUGUGUGCAGUCGACCCUCUCCGUUUCACUGCAGCGAGCGGUGUGGCUUUCCAGGCAUGGCGGAGUGGAGGUGCCUCUUCCAGAGCGACUGAAAGCAGAUGGCCGGAAGGGAUGGUUUUGCUACAUUCCGGAGCGAGGGGCGAUCCUCUCUCCCUCGGUGGAGGUCUUCCGAAAUGGAUCUGACAUGGGAUAUGCCUUCAUGAAGAGCGCCGUGGAGCUGGCGGCGGUCGUCAGCGUGGCGAUGCCGAACAUGAACCCGGCGGUCAAGGACUCGCCGCUGGACACCCCGACUGAUCUACAUGCGUACCGGGCCCUCCUUGCAGACAAGCUGAAGGUCGCCCUCUACGGCGCAUCGCUUGCUGGGGCGACCGCCGUUGUGGUCCCCGGCGUUGGCUGCGGCGUCUUCAAGAACGAGCCAGGGGAUGUCGGCGCGGCCCUGGCGGAGGCCAUGCGCUGCGUGGGAUCCGGCCUCCGCGAGGUGGUCCUGGCCGGGGCGCCACGAUCCAUGGCUGCGGCUGCUGCUGCUUCCCUUAAGCAGCGCCUCUGA